CAUGGCCCUAACUACCCAAUGUCCGGAUGGCCUUUACGAACUAAGGAACCUACAGAUCGUUGUUCAACCUCUGUUCAACCUCGUUGUUCAAUCUCUGUGAUAACUCUUCUUGAACAUCCUGUCAUCGCAUGGAACAGUAGCUAUAUAAAGCAAUAUAAAACAACUCUAGAAAAGUUCUAUAGAUGUGCAAGAAUGAGGGGCUUAAACCUCACCACUCUAGAGUAAGUAAAAUAAUAUGGUAGACAUGAUAACGGAAUACAAGAUACUAAGAGAACUUGACUAAGUAAGCAAAGAAGCCAUUGGAGAAGCAGUAUAACGAGGGAUACUAACAAAUCGGUGGGGACUUGAGUCGCUGAGACGUCGGGAGGAACUUAUUCUCUGUAAGGGUUGUAAAUAAAAAGAUUUGCAUGAUGAAGUUGUAAAAACUUAAUUGAAUUCGCAGAUUUAAAUGUCAAUUAUGAUAAUAAGAACGAGUGACAAUUAUUGAGGCUUAAGAUAAGCUGAUCUUGAAAACACAGUUAAGAGUACAUCUAGGUAAGUACACACACACACACACACACACACACACACACACACACACACACACACACACACACACACACACACACACACUACGUGCAUACAAGACCCACACUUCUCUAGGAGAAAAACCAUGUAAAUAGUCCGUAACUGUCAAUAUUUUGGUCGACCUCGUAUGAAAACUCCCUUGAGUGCUAUUUCAGAACAGAGUCAGUGGAGACUGAGUGACACUAUAGCCUGAUCGACGGGAUGGUGACGAUGAGGCUGACGUAGAUGGUGAGGAGUAUGGUGUGGAAGGUGAAUGGUGGAGUUGACGGUGAAAAUAUUGGUCGUCUACUUUAUUGUUUCAGGAGAGAAAAGCUGUCGACGCGGCAGCCAUGUCUGGCCUUGGUGCACUCAACCCUUUAUCUCACACCUGGUCUACCUAUCCUCCCGGACCCAACCAGCUUCACAGACACGGGGAUCUCCCGCAGCGAGGCGGAAGAGGUGGUUGAGCCAGAGGACUGGAGGAGGCAGAGAUCUGAGUCCUCGACGGCUAUGGAUGAGAUUGAGACGACCUAUGUACCUACAGCCAUGGUUAUAGAGAAUACCAAGUAUGCGGCGCAGGGCGGCUCGGGCAGCGCCGGGUGCUGUCGAGGUCUGGCCUCGUGCAUCAAGCGGACAGUGGACCGGGACGAGGCCAGCAGCCAGGCCGGGGGUCACCGCUCAGGCUACAACACUCCGGGCUACAACACCCCGGGCUACCACACCCCGGGCUACAACACCCCGGGGUCGGUGGAGACUACCCUGCCGUCGUCCGUGUCUCGCUGCACCUCUCUCAACUACAUCCGCGAGCCUCUGACCGUCACCCCGACCAGGUACCGCCAGAACUCCAUGAUCCCACUCGUGGAGCGGGCCGAGCGGCCGGGCGAACAUCACCAUCACAUCCCCUAUCACCAUCAUCACCACGGCGCCUCGGCCACACUGCCGCGGGCCGAGAGCUCCUUAGGCGUCGGCGCCUCGGGCCGCAACCAGCUGGUCGGCGGGCGGCUUCAGGCUCGCUCUCACUCGUCCGACUCCGUGUACACCAUUCUCAUCCGGCUCCCGCACGACCCGUCGCAGGACGGCCCUCUCAACCCUCCCUCGAUACUGAUGAUCGAGGAGGAAGGUCAAGACGGCAGCGGGGUCAACGCAGGUCACAGGUUGAGGUUUGACAGGGGGACUUCUCCUCUGGCCCGUCGCGGGGAUUCUGUCUGUUCGGACCCGAGUGGACAGUCGAGCAGGGUGGAGUGUUCCCUGCACCCCGGCGGGCCGGACGGCACCUCCCCUACUCCCAAUCGUAGGUCCUCCCACGCUCCGGAUAUCAAGAUUCCACUCAACGCCAAAAUCAUCCCCAAGCAACUGGCUAAGAACUCCGGUACCGGAAGCGGCAACUCCGGCGGCGGCGCCGCGGGCGCUGGCGCCAACUCCGGCGCCACCGUUCCGGGCAAGAAAAAGAAGAAGAAAAAGAGCCAAGAGAAAAAGCAAGAUCGGAAAGCGGCCAAGACUCUGUCAGCCAUCUUGUUGACGUUCAUCGUGACGUGGACGCCGUACAACGUCUUGGUGCUCCUCAAGACGGUCUUGGCCUGUAACGCUGACGACUGCAUCCCGCGGCAGCUCUGGGAUUUCUCUUACUAUUUAUGUUACAUCAAUUCCACCAUCAACCCCAUGUGUUACGCCCUCUGCAACGCCGCCUUCAGGAGGACCUACGUGAGGAUCCUGACGUGCAAGUGGCACAGCCGGCGGAAGCAAGGAGUGCAGCGGGGCUACUACAGCUGAGGACGUCUCACUCGCCGCCUCGCAAGGGCUACCUACCAGCUGCUCUUCCUUCUCCACCUACACUGGCUGGCCAGCAUAUGAACUCUUGUACCUCGCUGCCCUCCCUUCAUCCAUGCUUGACACGUGCCACUCUAGCUGCACUCGCCCCCCUGACACAUGACACCUGUUACACCCACUUCAUCCACCCAUGACACCGACGUCAUCCACCUCUGACACGCAUGACUGCUCGUGCCAUCACAUCAUUCAAAGUCAUAUCACUUGACACAUUUAGAGCUUUCUCUCCAGACAGCGUCGUCGACUUUCACAACAACCGCAGAGAUUAUUUUAAAACAGGCAGUAAAAAAAAAAAAAGAUUCUUAUAUAAUAAAUUUAUUUACCCAUAGAUUCGAAUUUUGAGGGCGAAUAUAUAUAUGUGAAAAAUUAUAAUAUAAAUAUAAUUAAGGAGCUGCGACGUUUAUCAUAAGAUAAACAAAUGUUUUGAAUCACAUUUAUUCCUAAGGUUUCCCAUUCGCUAAAAUGAAAGGUUAACAUUCUCAAUGAUUUGAUCUGUGUUGCAGAGUAAAGGAAGUCGCUGUAAUUUGGACAAUUCCUAUGCAGAAAGCAGCAGCCACCUUAACAUGUAAGUCAGCUAUUUUAUACACGAAAAGCAGGUCAGUUAACAGACAAUCAGUCACUUCAGUUUACUAAGCGCUGAAAAUGACGAGUCAGUAAAUUCACCAGACCUGAGACAAUAUAAGAAAAUGACUCACCUUCACUCACAUAUCAGUAAUAUAUCCCGGACCACAAAAGCAAUAUGUUUCUCGAUUCAGUACGCGAGUCAUCAUAUCAGAAUACCUAUUUAGUACCCAUAACUCACUUCAAAUCACCUCUCCAUCUUCCUGAAAGAACACAAAACACAUCUUCACAUUGGCCAGCCAGCAAGGUGAGAGAUUCUACACAAAUCACCAGAAUAGUUUUCAGCUACGAAAUGCUGUAGAAAUUUUAUGUCCUUUCCUAAGAGUUCCUGGUGACUGUAAAUCGUUUAAAUUAGGAAAAAAAGAAACCAGUUCCGCCUGGUAGAAAUAAAAUGACACUGGUUUGUGAAGAAGUGACUUCUCGGCAUAUAUAUAUUUCUACUCACAUUGGGCUAGUUUUUAAAGACAAACUAUAAAGGUGUUAUUUCAGUGCAUUAGCGUACGGCAAUAAAUACACUUGUAACAGAGAGUGUAUCUAUGUGUUGUUAGUAGUUGUGACGGGGGAAAAAAAUGGAUGGUUGAGCAGUUGACGACAGGCUCAAGGCUAUAGUCUUCAGUUGACUGGGCAGUUAUUCCCUACAAGGCUUGAUAAGGAGCCAUGUGUUUGUGUGUGUGUGUGUGUGUGUGUGUUUGCGUGUGUCUGUGUGUUUGAGUGUGUGUUUGUGUGUGAGUUUCAAGUCACAAACACAGACUGAAGACGAGGCCUCGGUCGAGUAAAGAAAGAAAUAUGACGGAACCUUACAGAAAGCCCCCACCUGAGUGACGCGACAUACCUGCUGUGAUUUGCAUUUCUACAAUCAAGUGUCUGGCUAACAGUCAAGGUAACACAGGAUUUCUCACGGCGGCAAGUACAUAAUUUGCCACAAAUGUUACCACCAGCUACAGGCUACAGUUUCAGCUGUGAUCGUUGGGUCCAGUUCAUUGUGUUAUUUUAUUGGGCUUCAAAGUUUUUUUCUUGUGAGGCACCAGGCUUAGAGCGCUGUGGGCCUCUAGCUAGGCCUCUUCCAAACGAGAGAAGUUGAAUUCUAUUUUUUUCUCGUGGGUGCUAAGCAAAAGAUAGGGAAGCAAUCGGGUGAGAGUGUUUUGUAAAAUGAUUUGUAUCUCUUGCAUGUUGAUUGUUUCAUUUUAAAACGGAAUUAAACGAGCGAAGGUCAGAUUGUACAUAGUUCCAUGUGUGUGUUGCCGUCGAGAGAGCUUGGAGGUAGAAGUCGUGUUGGGACUCUGUCUGUACUCAGCCACAGACAGUUAAUGUGUACAGUCUGUGGCUGAGUGGUUAUAGUACUGGAAAUGCCACGGGGCAUGGAGGCCCUGGCUGGCCAGGUUCGAAUCCUUCAGAGGU